CUGACGUCACAACACCUACCAGGAGCAAUUCAUUCUAGACACAACCGUUCUAAACGCGACCGUGCCGGGCACAGGAGGAGGAGGAGGCGAGCGCCCAGCGUCCCCUGCCCGGUGUGUUGUCCCUGUACCCCCUGGCAGCAGCACCAUGCCAGCCUGUGACCGGCGCAGCAGAUGGGACUCGUCUUCCCCUUAGAAGCGGGCAGCGUUGUGGUCAGACAGCCCGUGUGCACUGCGGUCCCCGUCACUCCGCCACCGCCGCGGCUCUUUUACUUUUGAGUGUUUCCUGUUUUUGCACUGUGCCUCUCAUCCUCCUCCUCCAUUCCUUCAUCUCACACCCUGCUGCCCGGGAGGGGUUGCUCCUUCCAUUGGCCAGCCCCUGGGAAUACCCCCAUAGCCGGAGAGCGGGAGCCGCGGGCACUGCCGCACCAUGGGAUGCUGUGGGAGUACACAGAACUCUAAGCGGGACUGGAGGCCGUUGGAGGAGCACAGUUGUACUGAUAUUCCUUGGCUGCUGCUGUUUAUCCUGUUCUGUGUUGGAAUGGGCUUUAUCUGUGGAUUUUCUAUUGCCACCGGAGCUGCCUCUCGUUUAAUUUCUGGUUAUGACAGCUAUGGAAACAUUUGUGGACAGAAGAAUGCUAAGGUUGAAGGCUAUGAAAAUAGUGGCCUUGACCACACCAACCGCAAGUAUGUUUUUUUCUUGGACCCUUGCAAGUUGGACAUAGUGAACAGGAAAAUAAAGUCCAUGGCUUUGUGUGUUUCCGAGUGUCCCCAACAGGAGCUGAAAACACUAAGUGAUGUGAUGAAAUUUGCAGAAACAAAUGGAUCACAUUUAUGUGAUUAUGCACUAUCACCUAUCCAGUACACUACAGAUAACAGAGCAUCCUCUUUAUGCCCAAAGCUUCCAGUGCCAGAAAGUGCACCUAUUCCAUUCUUCCAUCGCUGUGCUCCUGUGAACAUUUCCUGCUAUGCCAAGUUUGCAGAAGCCCUGAUCACUUUUGUCAGUGACAAUAGUGUCCUACACAGACUGAUUAGUGGAGUAAUGACCAGCAAAGAAAUUAUAAUUGGACUUUGCUUUUUGUCACUAGUGCUUUCCAUGAUUUUGAUGGUUGUCAUCAGGUAUAUCUCUAGGGUUCUUGUCUGGAUUUUAACCAUCUUGGUCACAUUGGGAACACUGGGAGGUACUGGUGUUCUCUGGUGGAUGUAUGCUGAACACCGAAAAUCUUUUAAUGAAGAUCUCCCACCAGAUCAGCUUCAGGUUUCCAAAGACAACCAACAAGCCUUGCUCAUAUAUGCCAUUUCUGCAACAGUCUUUACGGUGAUCCUGUUGCUGAUCAUGCUGAUCAUGAGGAAACGAGUUGCCCUAACCAUUGCCCUCUUCAAUGUUGCCGGGAAGGUUUUCAUCCAUCUACCGCUGUUAGUCUUCCAGCCCUUCUGGACUUUCUUUGCUCUUCUACUCUUCUGGGUUUACUGGGUCAUGAUCUUGCUUUUUCUGGGAACUGCAGGUGACCCAUCCACUAAUGAACAAGGAUUUGUUGAGUUCAAGAUCAGUGGUCCUUUGCAAUACAUGUGGUGGUAUCAUUUAGUUGGGCUCAUAUGGAUCAGUGAAUUCAUUUUAGCCUGCCAGCAGAUGACAAUUGCAGGAGCAGUAGUCACUUAUUAUUUCACAAGAAACAAGAGGGACCUUCCAUUUACUCCCAUUCUGGCUUCAGUAAAUCGACUGAUUCGUUACCAUCUUGGGACAGUGGCCAAAGGAGCCUUCAUUAUUACUCUGGUGAAAAUCCCGCGAAUGAUCCUCAUGUACAUUCAUAGCCAACUCAAGGGAAAGGAGAAUGCAUGUGCCCGCUGUAUGUUGAAAUCCUGUAUCUGCUGCCUCUGGUGUCUAGAAAAGUGCCUCACAUAUUUAAAUCAGAAUGCAUAUACAGCCACUGCGAUCAACAGCACAAAUUUCUGCACUUCUGCAAAAGAUGCCCUAGUUAUUCUUGUGGAAAAUGCUCUGAGGGUCGCUACCAUCAACACGGUGGGAGAUUUUGUGCUCUUCCUUGGGAAGAUUUUAAUUGUGAGUGCCACUGGUCUGGCAGGCAUCAUGCUGCUCAACUACCAGAGAGACUACACAGUAUGGGUAUUGCCACUCAUUAUUGUCUGCCUAUUUGCCUUUCUGGUUGCACACUGCUUCCUCUCCAUCUUUGAAAUGGUUGUGGAUGUCCUCUUCUUGUGCUUUGCCAUCGACACAAAAUAUAAUGAUGGCAGCCCAGGGAAAGAAUUUUUCAUGGACAAGGUUCUAAUGGAAUUUGUGGAAAACAGUAGAAGAGCAAUGAAAGAAACUGGUAGUGGAGCAGAGGGCAGGGAGCUUAAACCGAUGGCUUCGGGAACGAGUUCAGCUUGAAUCUAGCCCAGCAAUAUCGGACCCCAUUGACAUUCCAAAAUAAACACGAGCAGCCAAAAUAGAAGCAGGGUUAAUAAUUCUCCUGUUUACUUAUAUAAUUUGCUCCAUGUAUCCUAUGAGUUGCUGCCAGCAGCAUUGUCACCUUUACAGUCUUUUGUGUUAGUUGUGCAGCGCGUGAAAAAGGUCAAGCUACAAAACUUGAAUGGAAAAGAGAUUUCCAAGCAGAAGUAGGUAUUUUCCCUUUUAUGAUUUGAGUCAGGUUUGAUGCUUUAAUACACACGAGGCAAUCUUUACACUAUCACCUGUGCUUCUGUGUUCUUUAUUACAGUGUCAAUGUAAUACAGGAAUCAUAGGGUUCUUAUUUUAUCUUUUUUUUCGUAUAAUUGUUUUAAAAUAUUGACAGUUCUUGGGAAUGAUGAGGGAAUAAAUGCAGAUAUAUAUUUUUCAUGUUUUUUGUCGCUUCAACAAUUUUUUUUUCCCUUGCCCUGACAUUUCUGUACACUCCUGCAAUUUGCACUAAAUGUAACCUUAAUAUAUAUGGUACAGGUUGUCCUAUGCUGGAGGUCUAUGAAAGUGUAGACUCUGCAGUCUGAGAGGUUAGGCGCUUUGCAGCAAGAAUUAUACUCUGCUUGUCUCUUCAAUGUUCAAAAGACAAAGAUCUAUUCCAAGGUUUCAUAUUCUGAAAGUGAGUCGCCUGCUGUUUUGCUGUUUACUUCCUGCUCUUACAAUUACUGUAAAUGUUAUUGUUUGUAUUGAAUUCAUUCUAGUACUGCUAUUCACAGCAGACCUCAGGUUAUUUCAUUGCGGUUGUCACCUUACCAGACAACUGGUUUGCUGGUGAGUGUCUAUGCAGAAACAUUUAUGCCAUCACCAGAGGUGUCAAAACAACUGGCGUACACUGUUUUGUGGCAUCUGUAAAAUGUCCUCUCCAGAAGAAUCGGCAGAGACUUGAUAAUAUGGCGUCAUCAAGGGGAUACAUUCUCACACUGAACAGGGCUCAUUUAGCAAUACUUCUUGGUGGCAGUUCUCUCUACUGUAAAAAUUGAAUUGGAGACUAUAUUGCCAAUCUCUCCGAUGGCAUUUUUUGGUUAUUGGUCAAUGGCCUGUUUCUUUUGAGUGGUUUCCAAAAGCUUUAAAAGAAAUGGCCUUUAAUUGUUUCUAUAUUUAUAAUGUUGGAGAAGUCUGUAUGUCUUAUUUUUGCUGAAUUUCUGUUGUUCUCUCAAAGGGGAAGUAUCUUUAUACACUGUUGAUAAUGAUAGACACCUUUUUCCCCUCUCUUAAGCAAGACAGUAAAUCAGUAGCCCAAAGGGAGUGACGUUUAUUUUCUGUUCAGGAUACUUCAUCUUUGACAGUGGCGAUUAUUUGGGAAAAUAUACAUUUGCAUAUGUCUUGUUUUUAAUGACUUUUGUAGGAAAACAAAAAAUAAAUAAAAAUGGUUUAACUGU